AUGCUGAGUCAGCCAAAUGUACCAGCUCCGCCGAUUAUCCAGCUCGACUCUACAGAAAUGAACCGGCUCCUGGAACCGAACCCGCACAUACCUUCGGAAGAGCGAAGACGUUUCUUGGACUCAGAUUUGAGCGAAUAUUUCCGGACAUUCGAUGAAAAUCUUUCAAGCGAGACUAAUCUGAUGUCGUUUGUCAAGAACUCUGUCCUCGUGGGAGAUUCUGCAAGAGUACGGGAUGUAUGUAGAAAACCAGAAGAAAAAGUAAUCAAGGAUAUAAAAGAGGAAUCGCCAGUUAAAUUACACGAAGACAUUCGUGUAAAAACCGAAUAUUCUGCGGUGUACACGCCAGAGGAUGGUUUGGAGGUGAAGACGUUAGUAAAAGAGCUUUGUGACAUAAUAAGAAGCGAAAGAGAUGGAAAACGACAAAUCGUACAAGAUAAAUUGAAAAAGCUGUUCAACAUAAGGCUUAUUAACGGCGACACGUUCCUACACAUGACCCUAUGCAGCAACCAGCCAAGUCUACAUUUUAUCGUCAAGUUGAUUCAUGAUAUGGGCAUGUCAAGUCUUCUUAAUAUCCAGAAUAAUCGUUUGAGAACUGUUCUCCACAUGGCUAUCAUCAAUGAUCAGUUUGACUUAAUACCGUUCCUGCUAUCUAAAGGAUGCAAUCCCAUGCUCGAUGAUGAUGAGGGGAACAACGCGAUCCACUACGCAGUUAUACGUGGCUCUUGCCUCGAGCCCUUGCUUAAAGGAAUUAAAGACAAGGAGGACUACGAUAUCGACGCAUGUAAUUUUGAUAAGCAUACAGCAUUACACCUAAGUGCAACAUACUCAAACGAGACGUAUACUAAACUUCUCGUGGACUUCGGAGCCAGUUGUCUUGUCAGAGAUAGUGAAGGACGAACUCCAUUACAUCUAGCAGUGAGCAAUAACUGUAUGCCGGUCGUCAAAUGUUUGCUGAGUCGUAUGUCGCCGAGCGAUAUUGAUGCUACCGAUGGGCGUGACUAUACCGCAUUACAGCUAGCAUGCGACGGACCACUACGACCGCACACUCUUAGUAUUGCAAAGUUACUACUAGACAAGGCGGAUCCCACUAAUUGUGACCAAAACAGCAAAGUUGCAUUCAAGAUGGCAUCUGAUAAACCUGAAUUGAUGAAGUUGCUGCAUCAAUACGCAAUCUUUGCCGACGAGGUUAUCAAAUCAGAGCCAGAAGAUGACUACGAGUCUGCUGAUGAGGAAUGUACCACCGAAUUAUCAGAGCUUUCGUCAUACAUACGUGAGGUGUCUGCAAUACUGGACAGAAGUGAAGGUUGGCGCGAGUUGGCCAAGCGUUUGCACAGAGACUCUUUGCUUAGGUGGUAUGAAGCGACACCAAGUCCCACAACAACUCUAUUAAACCACAUAAAGGAGUUAAAUGAUGGUGUCACAUCUCAGUCCUUAAUAAUCCUACUACACAAUAUUGGAGAAACUGAAGCUGCGAAUAUUAUUAAGGAACGCCUGUUAUAG